AUGCCCGCAGGAGGAUCCUGCUGCAACCGUUUGAAGUCCCUCAUCAACCUCUUCCUUGCAGGGGUCGACAUUCUCACCCGCCUAAGAGAACAGAGAAAACUGUGUUAA